UUUCGAUGUUUUUUUCCCAUAACUCCCAUAAAAAUUAUUUUUCAGAUAUAAUACUUGAGGCAAUGCCAACUUUUUGUAAAAAUCUCAAUCAAAACCAUGCGGGGGCAGCACACACAUACUUAUCCUAGUGAUCCUCAAGGGAGUGAUCGGACAACGGGUAUCAUUUUCUAUUGGUUGGCAGUCAUUUUGAUCAAAACUGGAAACACACAGACAAAGAGCAAACGAGUAAGAGAGAUAGAGAGAGUGCCAGAAAAGAGUUUGGUUUGGUUGGUUAACAGGUUAGAGUGGUUAAACUCAGUUGAGUGCGGACCGGUAUGGACAUCGGGACGUGUUUGCCGUACAGAAAAGGAAAUAUGUUAAACAUUUCCCGGCUGAAACGAAAAGUUCAGUUUGGAUCAUCGAUAAGUGACCCAUGCAGCAAAGAACGUGUUAAUUGAUCGGUGAUGAAGACUGAUGGGACGUUUAUAAUAGUAACGGCGGGAAUUUGUGGUCUCUCGUAUUACAUCAUAAGGUGCGCGCGAGUCCGGUGUUAAUCAACUGCCGCAGUGCUGGGGAAAACCGAAGAAGCCGUGUGUAAUUGGAUACAUGCUGUUGUUGCUGUUACUCUUGUUGCCUCAGAUGUACCGAACGAGAUUUGUAGAUGACACAAAGGAUCGAUUAUCUGCUCGGUGAAAACGUGUCUCAAUGUGCCGUGAAAGGUUUAAUGUCGCACGUGGCCUCGAUCUGCCGCCGCGGGUGAAUCAAUUGUCUUGUCGGCGUAGAAGAAUCCUGUGCAUUCUUUUGAUGUUCGAGACGCUACUCAGCUGUGACGCUCAAGGUAACGGUACGCCAGAUGUUUAUAAAAUACUCGGAGAUACCAGAACAGGCCAGGCAAAUUACGAUUCUUCGUAUAUGAAUAAUAAUAUGUAUGAAAAUCAAGAAGAGCUGUACAUCGGUCGCAGUGGUGAUCCGUGGAGCACUUCUUCAGUGCGUUUUUACAAUAAAAAUAUCUACACGCGAAUAUCAUUGAACAUGACGACAAACAACACGAAGACACAAUCUGCAAUUGAUUUAAAGAAGAGCACAGAGCAUGCGAGAUUCAAAAGGGGAGUAAUACAUCUUUAUAACAUGGUAGUGUGCGCUACAGGAUGUAAUCCUUUAGCUUACAAAGGAUAUGGUUGUUACUGUGGAUUCUUAGGAUCCGGAUAUGUCAUCGAUGGUAUCGAUCAGUGCUGCAAGAUGCAUGACUGGUGUUAUGACGCUACAGAAUGCCUUAUGUUCUCAGAAUAUUUUGUACCAUAUUAUUGGAGAUGUUACCACGGUUCCAAACCUAUAUGCGGUUCGUUCAUUGAUCGGUUAUCUGUUUGUAAUUUUUCUUUUGAACCAACGUAAUUUUUUUCUAAAGAAUUGAAGUAAUCUCAAUAUAAUACCUUUUAUGUAAAUUAAGAUUAACUUAUUUAUUUAUGUACAGCAAAGUUUUUCUUAAAAGUCUUUAUAUUUUUUAAUAAUUGUUAUAUAAACAACAACAAAAUAUUGGGAAACGGUGAUACAAGUUAGGUGUAGUAAUUAUCAAGCGCAGUAUAAUUUAUAAAAAACUUUUAAAAAUAUGCAGUAAAAAUACAGAAGUUUCGACAUUUUCUAUGAACUCAUUUUCAAGUGUACAUAUGGAUGAAUCAUAUGUUACAUGUAUAAGUUUCAAUUUCAGAAUUUUUAUAUUAUUUUAUACUCUUUUAGAAAAUUUCUGAAAU